CAUCAGUUUGUCUUUUGGGUCUGCACGAUUGAAAAGCGUUUAAGAGAGAAUUUCAGCGAGUUGGGCGUGUCGUUCCCUGCUGAAUGACUUUAUGGAGUUUGAACUUUGCCUCUGGCAUUGUACUUUUUUUUUUUUUUUCAUUUUAAUGUUAUUUAAAACUAAACCGGGCCAUCAAUCCGUUUCCUGAAAAAAUGUUGAUCAUUUUUUUUCAAAUUAAAAAAAAAUUGAAAAUGUCUUGUUUUGAUGAAAGAAUGAUAAUGUGUUUUCUUUAUUAUUAUAAAUAUAUUUGUUUACUGCUUUAAUAUUAUUUUAUAUACUAUUAUUUACUACUGAGAGCCUGAAAUUCAGAGAAUUCUGACAAUUGAACGUUGGCCAAGCCAUGGCCUUCUUUGAGGACGUGUCAAAACUGUCCAGCGUGCACCCGAAACCGCCAGGGUUGAACUUGGAGUACGGCACUGCCGGUUUCCGGGCCAACGCCGGCCAACUGGAUCACGUCAUGUUCCGCAUGGGCCUGCUGGCCGCGCUGCGAUCCAAACAGACCAAAGCGACCAACGGCGUCAUGGUCACUGCCUCCCACAACCCCGAGGAGGACAACGGGGUGAAGGUGGUCGACCCCAUGGGCGAGAUGGUGGCGCCCGCCUGGGAGGGGUACGCCACCCGGCUGGCCAACGCGGAGCAGCGGGAGUUGAUUUCGGUGCUGGAGGACAUCGUGGAGAAAGAGGACAUCGACUGGAGCCAGGAGGCCUCAGUGUUUGUGGGCAAAGAUACCAGGAGCAGCAGCGCCAGUCUGUCACAAGCGGUACUGGACGGCGUGUCGUCGUUGAGAGGACGCAGCAAAGACUACGGCUUGGUGACCACCCCGCAGCUCCACUACAUGGUUUGCUGUCACAACACGCAGGGCCGCUACGGCGAGGCCUCGGUGGAAGGAUACUACGUCAAACUCUGCCAGGCGUUCAUCGAACUCACCAAGAACACGCCCAACCGUACGGACGACCAGAAGCACCUGACGGUGGACGGCGCCAACGGCAUCGGUGCGCUGAAAGUGCGCGAGAUGGAGCACCACCUCAAGAGGGAGCUGCAAAUUUCACUUUUCAACGAAGGCCACGGGAAACUCAACCACCAAUGCGGGGCCGACUUUGUCAAAGUGCAGCAAAAGCCGCCCACAGGUGUGAAGGUCCGCAGCGGCGAGCGUUGCUGUUCGUUUGACGGUGACGCCGACCGCAUCGUUUAUUACUACACCGACUCGGACGGUCGCUUCCACCUGCUGGACGGAGACAAGAUAGCGACGCUCAUCAGCACGUUCCUCAAAGAGCUGUUCAUGCAGGCCGGUCUAAAUUUGAAGAUCGCAGUGGUGCAAACCGCGUACGCUAACGGCAGCUCCACACGCUACCUGGAGGACACCGUGAAGGUGAUUGUGAGAUGCACAAAGACGGGAGUGAAGCACCUCCAUCACGCGGCGCAGGAGUUUGACACGGCCGUUUACUUUGAGGCUAACGGCCACGGCACCGUGUUGUUCAGCAGCGCGGCCGAGGAGAAGAUCAAGCGACUGGCGGAGGACGUCGGCGCGGACGACGGCAGGAAGAGAGCGGCCAUUCUUCUGCAGCACACCAUCAACGUCAUCAACCAGACGGUCGGCGACGCCAUUUCCGACAUGCUGCUGAUCGAGGCGAUAUUGGCCUUGAAGGGGAUGACCGUGCAGCAGUGGGACGCCAUCUACACGGACCUGCCCAACAGGCAGAUUAAAGUCAAGGUGUCGGACCGGCGGGUGAUCGGCACGACCGACGCCGAGAGACGCGCGGUGAGCCCGCCGGGCCUACAAGACGCCAUCGACGCCUCGGUGGGGAAGUACCGGCUGGCCCGCUCCUUCGUGAGGCCGUCCGGCACCGAGGACGUGGUCAGAGUUUACGCCGAGGCCGACACUCAGGAAAGCGCCGACUCCCUGGCGCACGAAGUGAGCCUCGCAGUGUAUCGCCUCGCUGGCGGGUUGGGAGAAGAACCAAAACCUUUGCACUAAAACGACAACAACUCUUGGGGUACACCUGAUUGCAAAUCGAUACACCACUAAUUUGCAAUCACGCUUCUAUACAUUUGUUAGCCAAAUAGUGUGCGGUUGAUUUUGCUUUUUGUACACGACAUGAUUGUCGCGCCAUCAGGGGAAGGAGUUUUACGACUGGAAAACGGUUUUCUUCGCACCUCGGAUCUACUGUGUCAUAUAAAUUUGGACUCAACACUGUGGCGUUCGAACCAAAUGAAUUGCUCUGUGAUUUUCUUUGUUUUUAGCCCGCGUGAUCGGGUCAUUGGAAAUCGCGUGUUUACAUUCCCAAGUUCCUGUUUGGACUUGGCUGCUGAGAUGAAUAAUGUAAUAAACAGUUGUUUUUUUCUAAAUUAUUAAAUCAACACUCCACUUUUUA